AUGAUUCGCUCUAUACUGGCGCUGCUUUUAUUGGAAUCGAAAAGUGCUCUGCGUAUGUGGGUGUCAGAGAUGUGGUUUUAUCAGACAGAACUCCUAGCUACCGCAGCUGUUUGGUUGCAGUUGAUAAUCAACAGGAGCAUGCAGCAGCAUAUGCUUGGAACGAGGCACAAAAGGCAUGAUGCGUCGACUAAAACAAUUCAUAUCUCUAUGAAAUCCCGUUCACAUAGUGGUAUACAGUAA